AGUCGACCCCGCGAGACUAUCAUAGUGCUAUACGACUACAAAUUGAAGAGUGCCGAGGAAAAGUCGGUCGUCAGCGUCGAAGUGACCCACCCACCCAACGAGACCACUCCACAACGCCACGCGGGGGCUACGGUUUUAGCGCAUAUAGUCGAGGAACGAAGAGUCAGUGGCAUGAAUGGGAACCCGCUAAAGGUGUAUGAGGUGAGAUUAAGCUUCAUGGAGUCGCCCGGCUGCCAUCCCACAGUCAGAGAAAACAGCAGUGAAAGUCGUGCAGGGCUGAUUACUGUCUUCAUUUUGAAUACUGAGGUUUUUUAA